AUGCCUUCUCUUCGCUUCAUUUGUGGUGCCUUACUCGCACAAAUUGCUCUCGUCUCUGUAAAUGCUAUCCAAAGCAACGACAACGUCUAUUCAUGUGACUCCCCCAUCUAUUGUGAAGGCCCUCUUCUCAAGACUGUCCAAUUCGCUCGGAUCUUUCCCGACUCCAAAACCUUUGUCGAUAUGCCUACAAGCAAAUCUGAAUUUGAAGUUUUGGCAGCAUUUGAUAAAAUCGGUGGUGUCAAUGCAACAAAGGAUCAAAUUCAACAAUUCUUGAAUGAGAACUUCUUGACUGCUGGUACAGAACUCAAGUUCCUUCAAAACAUCUCUAUUCCUGAACUUAAAUGGCUUGAUAAUGUGACUGAUCCUGACUAUCGCGGUUGGGCAAGCCUCCUGAAUCAAGCGUGGGGCAAUCUGACUUUUGCUUUUGAUUAUUCUGCUUUAUGUGAAGACUGUGUAACAUCCACCUUACCCGUAAGCCGUCCUUUUGUGGUCCCUGGUGGUCGAUUUCGUGAAUUUUACUACUGGGAUUCUUUCUUUGUUAUUAAGGGCUUAUUGUUGAGUGACCAACCUCCAUUUUUAUCCCAUAUGAUACAAGCUUACUAUGAAAAAACAGGUGAUGAUGAUUUCAUGUUGAAAGCAUUACCUUAUUUGGACAAAGAAUAUCAGGGCUGGCUCGCCAAUACCACUGUGCAUAUUCAAGACCCUAAGAACAAUAAGGUCAAGUAUGCCUUGAACCGCUAUAUCACCGAGAAUGAAUCUCCUCGUCCAGAAUCCUAUGUAGAGGACUACAAUACAGUCAACACACAGACCAAUUUUACCGAAACCGAGAAGCUUCAGCUUUAUAGAGAUAUUGCUGCUGGUGCUGAAUCUGGUUGGGAUUACUCUUCUCGUUGGACAAGAAACAAGGCACCUAAACCUGACCAAAAAGAAAACUAUGAAAUGCUGCGUACGAUCAACACUGCGAAUGUGAUUCCUAUUGAGCUCAAUGCACUUUUAUGGCAUGCAGAAACAAAACUCUCAGAAUGGUACACUCAGUUCGAAAAGAAACAAAACAAAAAGACAAAAAAGAAGGCUAGAUACUAUGCUCAACAAGCCAAAGAACGUUUGCAAGCCAUGUACAAAUUAAUGUGGAAUGGAGACGACAACAGUUUCUAUGACUUCAAUUUGACCAGCCACUCCCAGAAUAUUGAAUAUACACCUGCCAACAUUUUCCCAAUGUGGGUAGGUGCUUUACCUGAUCAAAUCGCCAAAAACAAGACUGUUUUGAGUAAAUUGUAUGAUGAAACCGAGAAUGCACUUCGCAAAUAUCGUGGUAUCUUGACCACUUCGUAUUAUAAUACAACAAUGCAAUGGGACUAUCCUAAUGGUUGGCCGCCUCUUUCUUAUGUUGCCAUGGAAGGUAUGCUUAAUGUUGAAAAGCUUUUGGGUGACAAUGCUACUACAACUCAAGGAACAUCAUUCAGCAAGCUGUCUCGUACUUUGGCCGAGCGUUAUGCCGUCUCUGCUUUCUGUGGAUGGGUUAACACAGGUGGUUCAAUUCCUGGUAUCCUUGAGAAACAAAACAAGUCAGUUACAGAUGAAGGACACAUGUUUGAGAAAUUCGACGUCAAUACAGUGGGUCUUUCUGGAAGCCAAGGUGAAUACGUUUCUCAAAUAGGUUUUGGCUGGACAAAUGGUAUUGCUUUAUGGGUAUUAAAUACUUGGUCAAAUUUUACAGCCCCUAACUGUAACAAUCCUGUUGAUAUUUUUUUCUAA